ACGAUGGUCGCACAAGAAUGUGAUAGAACCUCGACAGCCGCCAUUUUCUUUCUUUCUUAGCAGUUAGCUGAGAGAAGGUCUCUGGGAAGAAGCGGUAGUGGCCACUGUAGUGUAGCCAUGGCAGAUUAUUCAACCGUGCCUCCUCCUUCUUCGGGCUCAGCUAGCGGCGGCGGCGGCGGAGGAGGAGGAGGAGUUAACGAUGCUUUCAAAGAUGCGCUACAGAGAGCCCGGCAGAUUGCAGCAAAAAUUGGAGGUGAUGCUGGAACAUCACUGAAUUCAAAUGACUAUGGUUAUGGGGGACAAAAAAGACCUUUGGAAGAUGGAGAUGGCUCUUGGACAAGUCCGAGCAGUACAACACACUGGGAGGGAAUGCCCUCUCCUUUUAAAGAUCAGCCGGAUGCUAAGAAAGUUGCUCCUCAGAAUGACUCUUUUGGAACACAGUUACCACCCAUGCAUCAACAGCAAAGCAGAUCUGUGAUGACAGAAGAAUACAAAGUUCCAGAUGGAAUGGUUGGAUUCAUAAUUGGCAGAGGAGGUGAACAGAUCUCACGCAUACAACAGGAAUCCGGAUGCAAAAUACAGAUUGCUCCUGACAGUGGUGGCCUUCCAGAAAGGUCUUGUAUGUUAACUGGAACACCUGAGUCCGUCCAAUCAGCAAAACGGUUACUGGACCAGAUUGUUGAAAAAGGAAGACCAGCUCCUGGCUUCCAUCAUGGAGAUGGACCAGGUAAUGCAGUUCAAGAAAUCAUGAUUCCAGCUAGCAAGGCCGGAUUAGUUAUUGGAAAAGGAGGAGAGACGAUUAAACAGCUUCAGGAGCGAGCUGGAGUUAAAAUGGUUAUGAUUCAAGAUGGGCCUCAGAACACUGGUGCUGACAAACCUCUUAGGAUUACAGGAGACCCAUACAAAGUUCAACAAGCCAAGGAAAUGGUGUUAGAGUUAAUUCGUGAUCAAGGUGGUUUCCGAGAAGUGCGAAAUGAAUAUGGGUCAAGAAUAGGAGGAAAUGAAGGAAUAGAUGUCCCUAUCCCAAGAUUUGCUGUUGGCAUUGUAAUAGGAAGAAAUGGAGAGAUGAUCAAAAAAAUACAAAAUGAUGCUGGUGUUCGAAUUCAGUUUAAGCCAGAUGAUGGAACAACACCUGAUAGAAUAGCACAAAUAACAGGACCUCCAGAUAGAUGUCAGCAUGCUGCAGAAAUUAUUACAGACCUUCUUCGAAGUGUUCAGGCUGGUAAUCCUGGUGGUCCUGGACCUGGUGGUCGAGGAAGAGGUAGAGGUCAAGGCAACUGGAACAUGGGACCACCUGGUGGACUACAGGAAUUUAAUUUUAUUGUUCCAACUGGGAAAACUGGAUUAAUAAUAGGAAAAGGAGGUGAAACCAUAAAAAGCAUAAGCCAACAGUCUGGUGCAAGAAUAGAACUUCAGAGAAAUCCUCCCCCUAAUGCAGAUCCUAAUAUGAAGUUAUUUACAAUUCGUGGCACUCCACAGCAAAUAGACUAUGCUCGGCAACUCAUAGAAGAAAAGAUUGGUGGCCCAGUAAAUCCUUUAGGGCCACCUGUACCCCAUGGGCCCCAUGGUGUCCCGGGCCCCCAUGGGCCUCCAGGGCCUCCAGGGCCUGGAGCUCCAAUGGGACCAUAUAAUCCUGCACCUUAUAAUCCAGGACCACCUGGUCCUGCUCCUCAUGGUCCUCCAGCCCCAUAUGCUCCCCAGGGAUGGGGAAAUGCCUAUCCACACUGGCAGCAACAGGCGCCUCCUGAUCCAGCUAAGGCAGGAACGGAUCCAAAUUCAGCAGCUUGGGCUGCUUAUUAUGCUCACUAUUACCAGCAGCAAGCACAGCCACCACCUGCAGCUCCUACCGGUGCACCAGCUACAACCCAAACUAAUGGACAAGGAGAUCAGCAAAAUCCAGCUCCAGCUGGGCAAGUUGAUUAUACAAAGGCUUGGGAAGAGUACUACAAGAAAAUGGGUCAACAAGGGCAGACACAAGAUUAUUCAAAGGCUUGGGAGGAAUAUUACAAGAAGCAAGGUCAAGCAGUUCCUGCUCCCGCUGGGGCUCCACCAGGUGGUCAGCCAGAUUAUAGUGCAGCCUGGGCUGAGUAUUAUAGACAACAAGCAGCCUACUAUGCCCAGACAAGUCCACAGGGAAUGCCACAGCAUCCUCCAGCACCUCAGUGCAGGUUUGAUCCAGCCAGUAUAGAACUAGCUCUGUAGGGGUGAGGAGGACUGUGCUGUGUAUCAUCCUUGAUUGUGUUCCUUCAAGGAGCAUUGCACUGUAAGUACAUCAGAAUGACAAAUUGAUGAACUGCAACAGUAUCUUUUUGUCAAUGUUCCACAUAAUGCAUAUGCCAUACUUUGUGUGAAUAUUAUGCUGGAAUACAGUGCUGAUAUCUUGGAAAACCAUGACUGCUUCUUACUGUAACAUAGAAUAAUACGUAGGUCUGUAUUUUUUUUUUGUAGUGAGCUUAAUGGGUAAGUAUUUUUGAUAUGCUUUAGCUGUAGCUAAAGAAAACUAUUAUUAAUAAAAUUGAAAAGUAUUAUUCUCUGGUGCUCCUAAAAUACUGCUUUUCAGUGUAAAAUAUGCAUAUCUUAUGUUUCACUAUGAAAGACUUGAAAUGUAUCAGACAGAAGUGGUUUUCAGUUUGCAAAUAAGCAAUGUAGCAGUUUUAAUACCAUUUCUUCAAUAUAAAUAAUCAAUUCUUUAUUUGGUGGAGAGCACCAUCUGUUGCUUUGAAUAUACUUCAAAGGAAGAUGUAUGAGGACAUAAAUGUUGAGAUUACUUGCAGGAUGGGAAAUAGUACAGUUUGUUGUAGAUAUUAGAAAUGUUUUUGAUUGUUUUAUUGAACUUGGAGUGACUUCCCUUACCCUUAUUUAGAUUGAGAUAUAUAAUUCUAGUUUGAAGUUUGUUAAGGAGGAGUUUUCAAUUGUCUUUAGAGUUAGGGUAUUGAUGUGAACAGUUUCAGUAUUUUGCAUGAUACUGUUUUAGAGAUGACCUUUUAGGAAAGUGGUGCAUUUAUUACUUAAACUGAAGAAAUAGUUCAGUUGGAUUCAGUAUCAUAAUUCACAAAAUGGAGGCUGUUGAUUUUGAUUCAUUUAAGGUUUAAAAUCUUUAUUAAUUGCAAACAGUGCAAUUAUUUAUACUUCACAGUGCCUUCCCAGACCUUCCACCUUAGGUUCUGCUGCAAAAAGCAACAGGUAAGCACAACCUAAGGACAUAUAUGAAUAAAUAUUUUAGUACAUUAAUGUCGUCCUUGUGAGAUUUUUGUGGUUGUGUAUUCAAAAGCAAUCUGCUUUUGCUUCCCCAAAAUGUAUUUUGUUAUUUAUGCUACCAUUUCAGUGGAAAGUCUGUAAGUUGUUGAAACAACUGUUUACAUUUCUGGGUAAUGUUUUUUAUCUUAGUUUUUUAAUUAAAACAAGAAAAAAAUGAUGAGUAGAUUGCUGCUAUAAUUGAACUACAUCCAAUUAUUUUUGUAUCUUUUCCCAAAUAUAGAAGAAGUGUUACAGUUAAGAAAGGACAAUUAUAUAGUUUUCAAGAUUUAGGAAAUCACUUGGUCAGAAACUUCAACAGCCUUCACAAUCUGUUAUAUGAUUGACAGGACAUUUUCUUUGCCCUCCAAAGCUCUGAAUUCUUUAUUUUUUCUUAUUCUUGAAAUAUAGUAAUUCAGUAAGGACAUUAUGGGUCAGUUUUAUUAUGACUUUUUUUUUUGACAAUUCAGUUCUCAUAACAUAUAUGCUAACAAAGGAAAAAUUAUAAGGAAAACUGGCAGUAUGUUUUGUUAAAAGGCAUGUGUGCAUCAGUGAAAUGUUAACUGUAUAGCAAAUAACCUUUCAUAAUCUGUAUCAAUAUUUUUCUGAUUUAUAAUACUUUAAUAACUGACACUGCAUUUAUUUUAUUUUUGCCAGUUUAAAAUGUUUGUGUUGUCUUAUAGAUGUUUUUAACUGGUACAUAUUAUGAGUUAAGAUGAAUGUAUUAAAGCAGCAUCAUAUCAAUUUUGUUUAUUCAGUUUCUAAAAUGUGCUGAUCCUUUUAAAACUCCUGCUUAUCUCUACAACAAAGAAAAAUAUUCAAAAAUACUGCCUUCAUUUUCACACACAGUGCUGAAGAUGCUGCAAGCACCAAAUCAUAGCUCAUAAAAUCAGGUCCUGAGAUAGUUACCCAUAAAGAGGAAUCCUUUGAGUGUAUGCCAUUGGUGAGCCGAUGAGCAUGGACCAUAGAAGGGCUCAAUGUAGAA